AUGGGAGAUGAAGACACAUAUCAGCAUCUCGAAGAUGAUUCGGGUGCCGACGCUAUUCAUUUCGUAGAAUCUGCAAAUCGACUGACAAUGACUGCACUUGGUAGUCCUCCUACGACGUCACCAACGUACUCAAAGAUUCUCGAUGUUUUGGAGGAGGAAGAAAAGAUUCCGCUUAUUAGUCAACUUGGAAUAGAUGAGAGUGGUAAACGGAUUCUCUUGAAUUUCUGGAAAGAUGAUACAGACCACCCCAAAGGAGUUUGGCGGCGGACAACUCUGGAGUCGUACGAAGAUGAAGAUAAUACAGAAUGGACUGAUCUAGUGGAUGUCGAUAAAUUGUCGAAAGAUGAGGGCAUAUCAUGGAUAUGGAAGGGAGCUAGAAUGCUUCCUAGAGGUCAAGAUCCUGCUUCGACGGAUAAUACGAUGACAACCCGAGCUCUAAUCAGCCUGUCAAGAGAGGGGACCCACACAGUUGAGAUUCGCGAAUUUGAUUUCCUCACAUCCGACUUUGUGAAAACCAACCCAUUCAAUCUGCCAGAAGGUCGAACGAGGAUCAGCUAUAAGAGUCGCGAUGUACUUUUCGUUUCAUCAGAUUUACAAGAUAGUACUUUGACAAAGGCUGGGAAUCCAACAACUAUUAGAGAAUGGAAACGAGGCACUGAUUUCAGCAAGUCAAAACUUGUCUUUCAAGGUGAAAGCUCCGAUAUCGCAGUUGGAUCUUAUGUUGAUGAUCAGAGACAUCGCAAAGGUGAUAUAUUCGAGGUUCAGAUGAGAAGGCUUGGGAUCAAUGCUUCAAAAUAUUGGGUGCGAAAGAUAAAACCAGAACACACGCUGUCAGAAGACGAUCCAGCCCGAAAAGGAGUCUCUGAUCCUCCUUCAUUUCAAGAGCUACAGGUUCCAGAUGAUGCGGAAAUUAACUUUGUUGGAAAUUUACUCGUUGUCAGUCUCGAUUCCGAGUGGUCUCCUGAGAAGGGCAAAACAUUCUCGGAAGGAGCAAUAGUAUACGUCAAUGCACACAAGUUCAUAAAAUACGGACCAACAGAUAGAAUUUAUCACGUCAUGUUUCAACCAACGGAGGGGACAAAAUGUGAUUCAUAUCAUGCAGCUCGAAACUUCAUCAUCUGCUCGGUUCAGGACACUAUCAAAUCCAGAUUGGAAUUCUAUAAACUCGAAAAGGAUGGAAACAAGCUUCGGCUCGUCGGUAUGGACAAGAAUCCUCAGAUCCGAGUGAAUCAUGUACAAGUGGUAGACUCUUAUGCCAGCAACGAAUUCUGGUUGACAACAUAUGGGUACACGGAACCAAGCACCGUGUGGCUCGCGGAUGCAUCCAAGAUGGACAGUUCAGAUAAAAAGGUGAUUCGAAAAACUGGGUCGGAAGGUUAUAUGGUGAGAAAGCUGAAGGGUUUAUCAGAAGCUUUCGAAGCAUCAGACCUCCAUGUUCUGCAGAAGAUCGCAAAGAGCAAGGAUGGGACCGACAUUCCUUAUUUCUUGAUAAUGAAGAAAGGAACUCAAUUGGAUAAGAACAACCCGACACUGUUACAUGCUUACGGAGGAUUUGGAGUUUCACUGGGGCCGAAUUAUUCGCCAGCGACUGGCAUAGCGUGGCUUGACCGUGGAGGUGUGUAUGUUGAAGCCAACGUUCGAGGAGGCGGAGAAUUUGGUCCCACAUGGCACUCGGCUGCUGUGCGGGGUCGGCGUGGGAAAUCAUUGGAGGACAUUGUUGCUGUUGCAGAAGAUUUAAUAGCAUCGAGAAUAUGCCGGCCAAAAACGUUGGGUCUUCGAGGUGGUUUGAAUGGUGGCCUACUAGUUGCAAAUGUGUAUGUGAGCCGACCAGAUCUUUUUGGGGCUGCACACUGUGCCUUCCCAAUACUGGAUCUAAAAAGGUUCAAAGAAUUGGAUGGUCCGGAAAGUUGGGUUGAAGAAUUUGGAGACCCAGACAAAAAAGAUUGGGAAAAAUUUAUCAAGGAUUUUUCUCCCUACCACAACAUUGAUGACUCUGUGAAGAAGCGUCCACCGAUCCUCUUCACCACAAGCUGUGGAGAUAAGCGAGUUCACCCAGGCCACGCACGGAAAAUGGUGAACAAACUUUGGGAUUUGAGCAAGGGGAGAAAGUGGCCUGCAUAUUACUAUGAAGAGAUGCAGAACGAUUCCGACGAUGCCAAGGAGUACGCAUUUGUGGCAUCAUUGGCUUACGAUUUCUUAUAUCGAACACUUCACAAGAAUGCUCAAAAGGAACGAAAAAAGGCAGUGGCGAAAUAA